CACAUUUGGGUCGCCCAGCGACCCAGUGUGCCCAGCGUGCCCAGCCCAGCCAUGUUGGGAACCCUUAUAAACUGUUCUAACAUCGUUGUAGCUGGUGGCGGAUAUUUACUUUACCAGGUUAUGCAAAUUUAACAUUUUUUAUGAUCAAAAAGAUAGACUUAGACACAGUGAUUCAUUUGCUUGUCAUUCUCAUUGUCGCUUUCGAAGAUAAAAGCACACCGACAACCUCAACCCCUGCGAAACAAAUAUAAUAUAUAGUGUUGUAAUAUAUGAUGAAGAACAGCAAAAAUGGGUGCUACUAGUCGAUGAGUAUUUUGCAAAAGUGCCCGGCGCUAUAUCCGGACGACGUCGUCUCCCAACUUUGACCCUGCCUUUCUGUAUUUUAAUAUGUGAAAAUUGAAAGUAUACGUAUAGCCGAACGGAGGAUGUGCCGAACGAUCAAGCAGUGCAAAUCUGUGACUACCGACAUGUAGAGAUCUUCAUUUGAAUUUUUGUAGUGCUGGUCACCAAUCAUGGAAUCAGGAAGUGCCAAAAAGAGCUAGCCACAUCCUUUUUACAAGAUUACGAGCAGGAGAAGGAUCUCGCUAACAGAGCAGCUUCAACCUGUAAUAGCGGUGAAAGAGUAAAACAAGUGAUGCUCGUCGUCUUCUUUCCGGGCACAUAUUUCGGUGCUGAGCAGCCAAGUCACUGCCUUUUUUAUUUUUUCACAGCAGACCGUGGCCAUAGGGACGGAAACAUCAACUCACAGGUUUUCAUGGACUCCUCCUCUCAAUCUC